AUGACUGUCAGCGACGGCAAAGGCGGGCGGACGGAUGUCGGCGACGGGUCAGCAGCAGACGGCGGCGGCGGGCGGAUGUCGGCGACGGCAACAUUUGAUUUUCGUGUUCAUCAUGUCCUAGAAGACAACAGAUACGUGAAAUCCGCCGUCGAACUCGAGGGUUUCGUCAAUUUCCUCGUGAAUCUUCUCGAUUUCGAGGAGAGCGAAAUUCAAGAUGAGGCGGCCAAAUCGAUGUCUUUAAUUGCAGGUUUUCUGUCCCACAAGGGUGUUCUAAUCGGUGCAGGGGUGAUUGCCCCUUUGAUAAGGGUUCUAGAAUCUGGGAGUGAGUUGGGCAAAGAAUUUGCCGCCAGGUGUUUGAUGAAAGUCACGGAGAAUUCCGAUAAUGUAUGGUCGGUUUCCGCCCACGGCGGAGUGCCUGCCCUGUUGAAGAUUUGCACUAGUGAUAACAGUAGUGAGAGUGAAUUGAUUGCUCAGUCUUGUGGGGUGUUGAAAAAUCUCGUUCUUGUCGAAGAAAUUAAGAAAUUUGUGGUCGAGGAAGGAGCCAUUGUUGAACUUGUUGAGCUUGCUAGUUCUAAAGAUGAUAUUGUACAAAUAGGCUCGCUCGAUUUACUGCAAACUAUAGCUUAUAGAGAUUCGUCGAUUAGGGAAACGAUUAUUAAAGAAGGCGGACUUCGAGCAUUGGUUCGGAUUUUGGAUCCAAAAUCAUCGGUUUCAACAAAGACAAGAGAAGUGGCAUUUAGGGGAAUUACGAGUAUAUGUUCCUCGUCGGAAAAUUUGAUAAGUAUACUUAUAAAUUACUCGUUUAUGGAUCAUAUACUUUAUUUUCUUCGAUAUGGCGAUAUUUCCGUACAAGAAUUGGCAUUAAAGGCUGCGUUUUGGCUAUGUGGAACUUCGGAGGAAGCUAAGAAGUUAAUGGGUGAUGCAGGGUUUAUGACGGUUCUUGUUAAAUUUCUCGACUCGAAAUCGAUUGAAAUACGAGAAAUUGCAGCUGAGAUACUUUCUAGUAUUUUGAUUAAAAUAUUAUAUGACUUUUGUAAGGGUAUUUACGGCAAUAUGGUUUUAAUCCCAGCUGAUUUCUCUAAAUCAUGCAAACAAAAUGGAAACUGA